CCCAGCCGGGCCGCCGCGCGCAGCCGUCGCCGCCAUGUCUUCCGGGGCCAGCGUGAGCGCCCUGCAGCGCCUGGUGGAGCAGCUCAAGCUGGAGGCCGGCGUGGAGCGGAUCAAGGUCUCCCAGGCCGCGGCGGAGCUUCAGCAGUACUGCAUACAGAAUGCCUGCAAAGACGCCCUGCUGCUCGGUGUUCCCGCUGGGAGCAACCCCUUCCGGGAGCACAGAUCCUGCACUCUGCUUUGAAGACCGGGAGGUUCGCUGAGGAAGCUUUUGUGUGCAGAGUGAUGGACAACUGCUGCCAAGUCCCACAAAAACCGUUUUCCAGAGCCAGUGCUAGCGCCAAAAGUCCACAGAAAUCCACGCUUUGUUUUGUGCUCUGACCUCACCACCAAGUUUCCUAGCUGCAUCUCUUCCCGCCUGAGACCUGUGCCACUCUGCCUGGGGACAGGCGUGUCUUCUUUACUGGCUGUCUGCAUUUUGGGAGGGAAACAUUUUCUCUUAAAAAACUGAGUAUUUGUAAUUUUCCUAACAUUUUUAUACUCUAAUAAAAUUUGUUCAUAAGAAUUUACAAUUACUAGAUGAAACAAAGUACGAAACCGGGGAAAAGCUGUUACCCUGAUUUUGUAAAGGACACCUUUCUCACUUCUCACUGAGCAGAUGGUCUCAUGGGACAGAAAACCUGAGGGCUCUGCUCCUUAGCAAACUGAAAGAUUAAUGUAUGUUAGGGUGCCCGUCCUGUACGAAGCGGUUAGAUCUUCCUGUAGUUCCUGUACUUACAAUUUAUAAUUGUGUUUGUAGCUUUUAAAAAUGUGCUUAUGCCUUUAAAAAAUGUUUAAAAUGUGAUCUACAUUCAGAACAUUGCAAUGUUCACAACAAAGUGUGAAAGUAUGAUAACAAACAUUCAUGUCACAAGUAUUUUAUUGGGGUGAUGUGCCUUUGAUUUAACUGGGGACACUUUUAGAAGGAAAGUUUGUGUUUGUAAUAAUCUGUGAAGAGCUUGCAAAUAAAAGUUUUGCCUAUUCAUCAUUUUCCAUGA